AUGAGUUCCUGGAUGGUCGAACUCCUCAUCCUCGGAAAUGCGGAGAUGCCUGAUGGUCGAUUUACGGUCCGACUUGGCCACACCUACGGCCAGGCCGUUCCACCCUACCGCCUUUGGUGCGUCUAUGCGGAGGGGGUGGAUUUAGCCAAGCUCUCGCCGCAGCAGCGCUCCUUGUCCAGCACCAUGCCCGAGCUGGUGGUUGGCAGAACGGCCCAGGCGCCAGCUGUCUGGGACACUUUGGUGCCCGACCGAAGGCUGCAUGGCACGGUGUCUCGGGAACAUCUGAAGGUGCUUGUGAGAAGGUCGUCGAUCCAGGAAAGUACGCUGCCGCAGGCGUCCUUCCAAGUGCUCUGCCUGUCCUUGAACGGUGUGAUGCUCAAUGGGCACUUCAUCGGAAACGACUCGGGUGAGCACUGCCUGCAGCACGGCGAUGCCAUCGCGUUGGCAACGGUGGUGGAUGUCGGGGCUCAGCCCAGAGUUACUGCUCCAGAGAACCAAAGUCGCAAACCCUUCGUGGUCUUCCAAUUCGAGGUGCUGGGUCCCAGCCCGGCGGCCGAAGCGUUACCUACGGCCUUUCCAUCUGACAAGCGCAUUGCACCACCCAGGGGGCCUUUCGAGGACCUGGAUGAUAGCCUGGAUCUACUGCAUCCUCCCAGCGGAACGGUGGCAGGGCGAUGGCGUACGUCCUCGUCCGCGGAAGCUCCACCUGAUGCGCUGUACUGCUUGGAGGUGCAUGGAGAUGAGCUGCGUCCAAAUCUUCCGGCAGAGGUGAGACAGCUCUUCUUCUGUUGCGAGGCUCAGGGGCCGCGCCCUCCUCGAUUGCGUGUGGGACGCUACUACCAACGUGGUUUUUGGGAGAGCAUUCUCAACGACGAAAUCCUCACUGGAGGAACGCUCUGGGGCUCGAUGAUGGCGCAGGAUCACUUCGAAAUCAUCCCGGCGCGCAGAAACAAUCCGCAGUUGAUGGCUGAACCAGAGGAUUGGCGUUUCCGCUUGCGAGUGCUGAGUCACGCCGGCGUGGUGUUGAAUUACAGCACCAUGGUGACCGCCCAUGAUGAGCGAGAAUUAAGCCCCAGCGACACGCUCACAGUGAAGCGACCAAGCGAUCGCAAUUCAAGGCUUGUUUCGGGCUCUGAGUCCGGCCUACCUGGACUCCAUUUCACUUUCAUUCCUUUGGUGGGGCCUUUGGUGCAGCCUUUACCCACCAUCCGCGAGGAGGGUUUGACGGCCACGCCAUCCCCUCCCGGACCCAGGGCCAUGCUACCGGAGCUCACGGAUUCUGAGACGGAAGAUCCCCGACCAGGAGUUGCCCCGGUGCUGGGUGCGUUGGCGACGGCACUGCAGUGCUACACCUACGAAGUGCCCUGGUCAUCCAUGGGUCGUGGACUCGAACCUUCGCAAUGCCUCGCCAUGGAGCGUGUCGCGGAACGCGCGGAACGCGCCAGCCCCCGCGGCGGUGCCAGUCCCUGGCUGCUGCGAAGGUUGCUGUGCUGCGCUGGGACCUUAGUCUUGCUGCAGAACCUCAUGCUGUUGCAUUGGACGGCCAUGCGCGUCACGCAACGCGUCGUGACCGUGGCGACGGCAGAGGAUGGUAAAGAUGGCACGGGGGAGCAAAUCCAAGCACUUGAGGCGGAAAUUAGCAGGUUGCAGGAGAGCUUGCAACGGGCCUCCCGUGCCUCUGCACCUCCCGCGCUUCCGGCAGACACCCCGUCACCUCCGCUGGAAGUGGCGCCCCCGGCGUGGGGGAACUGGUCGCAGAGUUCCAGGGAUGCUGGGCUAGGGUCCCGGCAGCUCUCGCGCGAGUCCUCGCUCUUCAGCGUGCCGCGCUCCGAUCUGCGCUUCUUCGGCGACGUGUCCCAGGUGCCGCCCACGGUGCUGCUGACGGUGGGCUUUGGCUCGGUGAAGCGGCAGAAGGACUACGUCCUGGACACGGUGGGCAUCAUGAUGGGUCUGCGGGGCGAAGUGCCGGUGGACGCUGAGGAGCGAUCCAAGGUGGUCAUCGUGGCGCAUUUCGCCGACUUCAAUCUGUCAUGGGUGGAUCACAUCUCGCAGAAGUUGCAAGAACAGUAUGGUGAGUUGAUUCAAGGGGGACAGUUUCAUGGCAUCCACGCCAAACAGGAAUUCUAUCCACCGCUGGAGGUGUGCCCUCCAGACUGCAACUACAAGGAUGAGCCAAAGCGAGUGAAGUGGCGCUCCAAGCAGAAUGUGGACUACGCCUUCCUCAUGUACUACGCGGCGCCCUUGGCGCCCUAUUAUCUGCAGCUUGAGGAUGACAUCAACUUUGCACCCAACUGGAUCUCAAAGAUCACAGGCUAUUUGACGAGUUCGUUUCCUCCCACGUACCGGUCCAAAGAGAACGCCCCCUGGCGGCUCAUCGACUUCAGUCAGCUGGGCUUCAUCGGAAAGAUGUUUCAGUCCAAUGAGCUGACGCGUUUGGCGCAGUUCUUGCUGCUUUUCUAUGAUCAAAUGCCUUGCGACAUUUUGCUGGGCCAAUGGGUGCUGUCCAUGACACAGGGGAAGAAGAUUGAAUACUGGAAGAGUCACAGCUCGUUAUUUCAACAUGUGGGGAUUUUUCGAUCCCUCGGCGGCUUUCAAUCCCUGCAGGAAAAGAAGUUUGACAAAGGUCCAAUCUUCGACAACCCUCCUGCCAACAUCACACGCAACUUUAGCAUCGUCCCCACCUACGACUCACAGUUCAUCUACUUUCCUGGGGGCGACCCGCAGACUCGGAACGACGUCUGCGACUUUUCCGCGAGUCCCCAGAAGCAGAAGAUCAAGAGAUGCUGGUUCUGGGCCAAGAACCUUCAGGCGAAUCAACACCUGACGCUUUUGUUUCAGAAGGAGGUCCCCAUCAAAGCCAUCCUGGUGGAGUUUGGGAACGACCAACAUCCCAAAGACUUGCUGCAGAACGGCGUGCUGCAAAUGGCCCCAAGUGGCCAAGCAGCUUGCGGAGCCUUCAGAAAUCUACUGGUGCUCUCACGCGUGACCACGGUCUAUUGGGAGGAGGGAGUGAGCAGUCCACCUCAGCUUCCCUUCCCGAAGAUCCGCUGUCUUCGAAUUCUGGCCCUGGCGCCGCAGACGGAAUGGAUGGUGAUUCUUCAGAUGCAGAUCCGAUCGCAGUAGCCUGGAUCGAUCGAGGCGAAAGCUCCUGGAUCGAUGAAUCGAUGUCCGUGGUCGGAUGUCCAUGGUGGAUAGGUUGUGAACUGUGAUUUUUAGCAGAACAUGGAGACAUGGCUGAAAAAAGAGCAGGUGAAAAAAUGGUUGAAAACCCAAACGCCUGCCUGAAGAAACCAUAUAUAUAUAUAUUGAAUCUGUAGGUAUGGCUUUGUCUGAAGAAUUGGCCCAGGAAAUUUGUCCUUUUUGAAUCCAUUCUUUCAGACAAAACCAUACUUUCUGCCAAGUCGCCAGCUGUCGGCAGCAAAGCUCUGCCUUGGCGAAAAGGAUGGGCUGACCAUGGCUGACCGACCGGCUGACCGACCAUGGCCGACCGGUCUUUGAUUUUGGUGCCAACUUGAGGAUUUGAUGAAAAUAUGAUGAAAAUAUGAUUCAGUUAUUGCUGG